CAUUGUUGACAGCAAUUUUGCCUAAUUCUACGUUAUCAAUUGUUGUUACACGCAAGAUUGCUUCGGAUAUCCGAGAUGGCUCUCCUUUGCAAGUCAGGCGUGUUUGGCAAGGCCACUGUUGCCAAACCAGUUCGCGUGGCAGCGCCGAGCCGCGCUCGCCUGGUUGUUUGCAAUUCUUUUAAGAACCUGGAGAACAUCGACCUCUCCAAGGUGCCUGCCUACCAGCGGCAUGCGGCUGACACCGGUUCGUCGGAGGUCCAGGUGGCUCGCCUGAGCGCUCGCAUUGCCCAGCUUAGCAAGCACCUGAUGAAGAACCGUAAAGACUUCUCUGCGCGCCGGGGCCUGGAGGCAGUCAUUGCGCAGCGGAAGUCUCUGUUGCAGUACCUGUACAAGCAAGACAGGGCCCUGUACGACAAGAUGGUGAGCUCCUUCGGAAUCCGCUCUGUGGUGGUGGGCGAUACCCGUGGCGCAGCUCGCAAGAAGGAGGAGGCGAGCGCCUAAGCAGCCAGCGGCAUGUAAUCCUGUAACGGAGCUGUAUUGGGGCCCCAGCUGCUUCAGGGUCGCUGCUACGCCGGCAGCAUUGGCGGCCAGCUGAGCGCCGGUGGCUGUGCGGAUUGCAGCUGUGGGUCGCGGUGUUACUGCUGCGAUGCAUGCGGCCUAACUCUGCAACCCUUGGGAGUGUCUCAUGGAUAGCGAGGAUAGCUGGAACCCUGCUUUUGAGAGAUGGGUCAAGGUCUGGGGUGUGCCCUUGGGCUGCAUGGGCUUGAAGGGAGUGGCUGGCGGGUAUAAGGAUUGCACAAUUGUGUUUGUGUGUUCGGACGGCUCACACAGCUGUGCUCGGCACGCCAGGCCAGUGGGGAGUUUGUGGUGGUCGGAAGAAGACGGGUGUUGUCCGACUGAGCCGGUAAGAGAGCUGGAUGGGACGUUGAGGGUUGGCAGUUGCCCCUGGGGAGGGGGUGAUGCUGCACGCAAGAUCAACUCUUCGGUUGUACCGGUAUGUGAUGGAUUAGGAAGAAGUGCGCACAAGUUGACUCCUCUGAUAUAGGGGUUUCCGCUGUCAGUCGCCUGGCAGUAGGGAACAUUGGAGGUGGUUUGGGGCCGCAGGGCGGUGUUGCUCUUUGGGCCCUCUCGCCCAUCCCUUUCCCCCUUUACGUCUUUGAUGCAAGGGGUGAAGACGUGUUUGACGUUGGUUGGACGCUGUGGCGUGUACGCGUGUGGCUCCCUGUUAGACGUGACCGUCUAGUUGAGAGGUACGUUUGAUAGCCUUUGCUGCCUGACUUGCGCCCCAAAUUUUGAGUCAGACCAUGGGGCCAAGCCGGGUACGAAAUGUGUGAUCCGCAGUUUUAAGAGUACGGCGGUUGUUACCUUGGGUCAUAGGAUUGAGGAUAACAUGUCCGCAAGGUUGCUGUUAAAAGGAGUAGGG